AUGGGAGUUUUGAGGUUCUCCAAUGCCCACAGGGUCGUUGAUCCUGAUCCUGAGCCUGAGCCUGAUCCGGAAUCGGAAUCGGAAUCUGAAACUGAAACAGAGACUGAUCCAGAUCCGGAAUCGGAACCGGAAACUGAUCCUGAUCCGGAAACUGAUCCUGACCCAGAAUCUGAAUCCGAUCCAGAUCCGGAAUCGGAAACGGAGCCUUCGACUGAGCCUACGACAGUUACACCAACUCCAUCGAGCGCCUGUGAUUGCAAUAUAUACUAUCGGAAUUAUCAAUGGGCCUUACAGGAUUGUUUAUGCCGCUGUUUCCAGAACGAAUGUCUUAUGAACAGGGAAAACGAUCAGCGAAAAAAGGAUGGCAAAACCCCAUUUGUACCCGUUACGGAGGAACUGUGCAAGAGUUUUAUAAACAAGAAGUGCAGUGUGGGAUUCCCCGUGGUUGCUGAGUUCCCUAUUCCAGCUCCUUGUGGUUGCAAUCGAAAGCCAGGAUCAAUUGCCACAGAGCGAUUUUACAGCUUGUGCCACCUGCUCAAGUACUCAGCCGAGAGCUCAAAACCAUUCUUAUCUUACUCUUAUUGUUGGCCCAUCUAA